UGCGCUGCGAUCGGCCGCUCGUGCACAGGGGCGUGGGAGGAGCAUGGCGACUCGUGCUUGGUCGACCACCCUAUGGAGUGCGAUCAGUCCAUCGACUCGAGCGACGCGAUAUGCGAGUGCGCUGCGCUUGCGCCGCCGUCUCCGCCGCCGCGGAGGCCAGUGCCGCCCUCCCAGCCUUCGCCGCCCGCGUCGCCACCACUGCCGCCUGCCGUGGUGAGGUUUGCGGUCAUUGGCGACUUUGGCGUCAGCAACCAGAUGGAGCGGGACGUGGCUGCGCUGGUCGCAAGCUGGGACGUCGACUUUGUGAUCUCAGCGGGCGACAACAGGUACGACUCUCACACACUGAACGAAACGGUCGGGGGUAUUGCGCUCUAUGGAGCCUUCCUCCCCGACGCUCCGGCUGGGCGCGAGAACCGAUUCUUUCCUUGCGUCGGCAACCACGAUGUGAGCGACGGCGGCGGCAUCGCCGAGUACCGCCGCUUCUUCUCGCUGCCUGGCGAGGGCGUGGCGACCAGCGGCACGUCUGGCUCCGAGCUGUUCUACGACUUUUACCAGGCAGACGGUGCAUUGCACGUCUUUGUCCUCGACUCGGAAGCUGUCGACGCGACCAUCCCGCAGCAGCAGACGUGGCUCCAGGAGCAGCUCUCACGCUCGAGCGCGGCGUGGAAGAUCGUCGUCAUGCACCAUUCCCCGUUUUCCAGCAGCAGCAAGCACGGGUCCAAGAGCUUCAUGCAGUGGCCCUUUGCCGAGUGGGGCGCGUCCAUCGUCAUCUCCGGCCACGACCACCACUACGAGAGGAUUGAGCACGGCGGCAUCGUGUAUUUUGUCAAUGGCGCGGGUGGCAGGACGCUCUACUCCGUUUCCGACCAGCUCGUGGACGGCAGCAAGGCGACUUUUGACAGCGACCACGGCGCGCAGGUCAUCGCCAUCGGAGGAGGCUACGUGCACUCCGCUUUCGUCAGCCGCACCGGCGAGGUGGUUGAUGAGGCUGCCUACUCGCUCGCCUCACUCACGUGGACAGCACCACCCCCCGCGACGCCCUCGCCGCCCUCGCCGCCCUCGCCGCCCUCCGUGCCACCGGGUGAGUGCGAUGAGGCGUCGUGGCCCGACAAGGACGGCGGCCUCGUCUGUGGCAAGUGCAAAGUGCUGGUUGAUAACUUCGACAGCUACUACGGCAGCUGCGACGGCUACUGCGCUGCGAUCGGCCGCUCGUGCACAGGGGCGUGGGAGGAGAGCGGCGAUACCUGCACAGUCAAGCACGACAUGGCGUGCGAUCAGUCCAUCGCCUCGAGCGACGCGAUAUGCGAGUGCGCUGCGCUUGCGCCGCUCUCUCCGGGCUGAGUGCCGCGCAUGGCGGCAGUGGCGCGGGGGGGAGGUGGGUGGGGUCAGGCGGCGGCGGGCGGGCGGGUCGGUCGGUGGGUGGGUGGUUUCGGGGGGGGGGGUUUGCCAGGGGCGUCUCGUACCUUUGCGAGGCGGCGCAGGUCUCGCGCCUCUCGCGCCUCUCGGCCGCGGGGGUUCGUAGAGUGCGCCAGGCAGCGUAGAGGACGUGGGGGCCGGCGCGAUUUGGGCGAUGCGGCAUUGGGCAUUGCGCGCAGCACUGGCCACUGCUCAACGUUCCGUUGGCUCGCGGCGCCUCUCGAUACACCAUGUACGCGUCGGACACGACGCGCGCGCCGACGAGCCUCCUAUCUAGUAGCAUGAAUGGCAAUGCUCAAUGCACAAGCCUCAUGAAUGGCAAUGCUCAAUCACAAGAACGUGUUUCUGUUGUGUGUGCCUGUUGCUGUGCCGCGCGGGAGAUCACGUGUUACGUAUUACGCCACGGCCCACGCGUGGUAGCUGGUCGGUACCGCGUGUAAACAAGAAUUUUUUCG